CACUGACACGGACACGCGCGCCCUCUCACGCGCGCUCUCGGACUAUAUUUGGGGGCGCUCGCGCAGAGAAACAGUUGAUGACGGAGCUGCUGGAUGUUUCUGAACAAACACCGGUGACAACAAACAGGUAUCGAUCGGGCUGCAGAGCCCUGAAGACAAACAGAUACAGACAUGAUCCCCUAUUCUCCCUGAGGAUCUGACCAAUCAGCAGUCAGGAUGAUGCCCAAGCAGCUGGCUCAGACGUCUCCAGGGAGCGUGUUGUCGCUGAGAGGGUCGAGCGUCCCGGGAUCCCCCGCCGCCGCCAUCGUGGCCAGGGUGGAGGACGGGGUCAUCGGCUAUAAGGACUUGGCAGCGUUACCCAGAGACAAAGCCAUCUUGGACAUAGAGAGACCAGAUCUGAUGAUCUACCAGCCGCACUACAGCUACAGCCCGCUGGAGAGGUCCUUGUCUCCUCGCUCCAUCUCUCCUCCUGCCUCCCCAGAGAAGGAGUCCAGGGAGUGGCUGGAGAACCGUUCUCCCGGAGGCUCCUCCCCUUGUUCCACCAUCCAGACCAGCAGAUCACACAGCACACACACACCGCCCACACCAAACACACCACACACACCACACACACACAUCUCCAGCACCAAGAGCACCAUGCAGCACUUCCACAGGCCGGAAAAUGGCACCAACAUCUAUAAGAAGCCUCCCAUCUACAAACAAGAAGCGUGUGUGUCCUCUCAGCUCCCUCAGGGGAAACACAUCGUGGAUUUGAUCAUCGAGUCCUCAAAGUUUCCAGCAGCUCAGCCUCCGGACCCGAACCAGCCCUCCAAGAUCGAGACCGAGCACUGGCCCUGCCCCCCCUCGCUGGCUGUGAUUGAGAAGGAGUGGAGGAAGAAGGAUGAGAGGGAUGAAGAUGAGGAGGAGGACGGUGAGCUGGAUGACGAGCUGUGGGGACUCAGAGCUCUUCAGAAACAGGAACUCAACAAGAUUCAGUCUAAUCUGGGAAAAAUCAUCCUGAAGGAGGAGCUGGAGAAAUCUGCUCCUCUGAGGAGGAAAACUCGAUCGCUGCCCGACCGCAGCCAACACACAGGGUCCAACGCAACCAAGUCGGUGUAUUUCCCAGCAUCCUCUAAGAGCGGCCUGUCCAGGCUGCAGUCGGCAGAGUUCAGCUCCUCGGAGAAAACUCCUAACGGAGACUCCAGGAUGGACCGAGGGAACUCUCUGCCCAGCAUGUUGGAUCACAAGAUUUGCCCCUAUGAGGUGCUGGUGGUGACUCACAGAGGGCGGAGCAAACUGCCCCCAGGUGUGGACAGAACCAGGCUGGAGCGCCACCUCUCUCAGGAGGAGUUCUUCAGUGUUUUCGGGAUGUCCAUCGAGGAGUUCGACAGCCUCUCUCUGUGGAAGAGGAACGACCUGAAGAAGAAAGUCUGUCUCUUCUGAUGCACCACAUCUCCCACAACCCCCCCUGCUCUUCCUGGAUCACUGCAGGACCCUGAAACCACACGGACUCAUUAUUAUCACCGCCGCCACCGCCACCGCCACCGCCUCCACCCUCAUCAUCACAGUCAGACGCUCAGUGAGCCGUCAGGUUUGAUUCACAGUGGAGUUUGAAUGAGUUUAGAUUCCUGCUGCACACAUCAACUCCUGCAGAACCAAGCGCUUCAGUUUCUAAACGUCUGUGGAAAAUGUGUUAAAAACCAAACUGCAGAGCGAGUUAGCACAAAGAGUCAACCUGCAGGUCAACAAGCGCAGAGCAGCUCCAGCUUUAAUGGCUUCUGAUCAGAGCUCCACCUGAGAGCAGAGGGACUCCAGUGGGUUCACCUGGAGGUGAAGGGGCGUGGUCACACCAGCGUUAUGUCAUUUCAUUUUAAUAAAAUCACUGCAAUCAGUGAAGUAAAUUCAUACUUAUCUUUUUGUGUUGAGUUUUAGUUUGGUCAGCAUUAACAGGUAAAUCUGCUCUAAAACUGUUUCGACAGUCUGGAGGUGUCUGAGCUCAGAGACUGCAACUUGAAACGCACCAAAGUGUGAAAGCCUCUAAUGUCUUAGGACAACUUGAGGUUUUAGUUGCACAGUGUUAGAUUUAGCAGAGACGAGGGGUCUUGCAGGGUCACUGUUUGCAGCCUCAGAGAGUAUUUCCCAUCCUGCUCCUGGUGGAAAAUAAUACACCAAACUCCCUUUAAGAAAUAAGACAUUUAAACGACUCCUUAAUUGUCGGCAGAAACGCAUCACUCUAGAAACACAAGAUAACAGACGUCACAUGUCGACAGUAUUCUUGUCAAUUCGGCAUCAAUGGAACCCAUAAAGAUGAACUGUAUUUAUGUACAAACUUUACAUUUUGGAUUUUGUGGCAUCAGCUUGCUGCCAACCUCUGUUAGUGAGCUGCGCUGUUUUUCACCGUCAUUUCCUGGUGUGACCCGGCCCGUGAUGUCAGAUCAUUCAUCUGAAGGCUUUUAACUGUGAAACAAGAGCAGCCAGAUUUAACCUGUUGAAGCACAGUUGUUUGGUUGUGGUGGUGGAAUUCUGGGAAAUGUAGUUCAUUCUGCUGGUGAUCCCACUGGAGUCUCUCUGAAGGUUUUAUGUUAAUCCCACAAACUUUAGCAUCAAAAGUCUGAAGCUGAAGCUGAAGCUGCUAUUUGAAGCUGAAGCUGCUGUUUGCCUCCUGACAGAUUAAUUUCCAUCAGACUGGAGUGAAUAUUUUAUCUCGCAGCUCUCUGCUGCAGUCGGGCUUUAAAUCAAACAUUCCUGCUGACUCUGAGUCAGAGUUCAACACUGAUCUGACACUGACUGUCAGCCAUCUUUCCAAAGGAUUGCUCCUAUUGGCUCAGCCAGCUAUGAUGUCAUAACGACAGCAUUUGUUUCCCAGCACCUAAAAGAAGAAAAUAAGGAGACAGUUUGAUCAGAGUUUGAUGUUGAACAUCACGACCAGCAGCAUGUUCAUAACGAGCUGAACUCUGAUAAAUAUAUUUAUCUUAAUUACCUUCAUCAAAGUCCUGACCUGUGAUGAUUUUUGUUUUAGACUUUCUCUGCUUUUCCUCACAGCUUCAGGACGUCACUGAAAAAAAGUAAAGUUUGGUUGGUUUGGAGGGAAAACCAUUAAAAUGCUGAUGCAAUUGACCCAGUCAGCAGAAUAAAUGUUUCUGUAAACCACAGAUCACAGAUACAUUUGUACGUUAUUAUGUAGUGGAUACGCUGAAACAAUGCUGUGGUUCACAUGCAGUUAUGUUUAGGCACAAAAGCCACUUGGUUAUGGUCAGGAGAAGAUUGUGUUUUGGCUUAAAACACCUGGUUUGGGGGGCAGUAUCCUGGCAGGAAACGCAGUGAUGUCUCCAUAAAAACAUCAGCUUUUUAUGGCAGUAUCUUGAUAGGAAACGCAACGCACUAUGUAAAACAACUGCUUUUCGUGGCACAAUUUUUCAACGGGAAAUCAACAAUGUCACAGUAAAAAUAAUCAUUUUUCGUGGCUCUACCCCUGCAGGAAACACAGCGAUGUUUCAGUAAAAACGUCUGAUGAUAACCUAUUUUUGUGGCACUAUUUUGGCGAGAAACGCAGCGAUGUCUUGGCAAAAACAACCGCUUUUUGUGGCACUAUGACAACAGGAAGCACGGUGAUGUCUUGAUAAAAACAACCACUCUUCAUGGCACUAUGGUGGCAGGAAAUGCAGCGAUGUCAUGCUAAAAACCAGAGGCCCUUUUGUGGCAUUACGCCGGCUGGAAACACAGAGAUGACUGGCUUAAACGGCGGUCUGCUGCUUGAGAGGCGUCUCGCCCAGGUGUCACGUACAAAUGUAACAUAUGCGUGGUUUGCAGAAACAUACGUCAACAUUUUCUUCUGGUGACUGGGCUGAAAUGUGACAGAACAUGAGCUGACUUUAAACUUUUUGUUUUAAUUUAAUAUAUAUUUGGAGAUUUCAAAGCUCCCGUCUUUACGGGGUUUUAACAACUGACAGAGACUCUGUCGGCUGCAACAGCUGACUCCAAAAACUUCAAGGUACAAUGUUCACCAUCUUAGUUAGCAUGUUAGCAUGCCGGCUAAUUAUCUGCAAAUAAACCCAAAGUGUUGUGUUUCUAACAUCACAUUUGACCGUCACAGACUGGUUGGAUGUUGUGGUGUCACAGUCUUUGUUUGGCUCAGUUUAGGCGGUGAAGUUUCUAUGACAGGUUGAAGGUGGUUCCGACUCCAGAGAAAGAUUAAGUGAAAUAAAACUUCAUAUCAGGGUGCAGCAGAUCAAACCUUCAGCUCACACCGCCUCUGAUCAAACUGUCUCCUCAUUGGUUUUCCUUUUUUAAUACAGCAAAAGCCACUGCCCUGUUUUAUCUCAGUACACACACACACACAGAGAUAUAUAUCUAUAAAAACACAGACUUUUUGCAGUGUAGAAGAACAAUGAAAACCUUAAAACCAGAGACUGAGAGCAGCGUUGCGUUAACCCUGCCUCUGCACGGCUCUGGUUUGUCCAAUAAGCAGGUUGUAGACAUUUAGUGUUGCUUAGUGACCAAAUGAUGUGCAGCUAUUUUUUGAUAAUACAUAGAGAAGUGGCAUGUUUGUUAUUAAAAUGAAAAUGUAAAAUCAGUCCAUGAAUGUUGAGAAAAGAAAAGAAGACGAUGGACGGAGGACGGAGACAAGAAGGACAAACUUUCUAAGGUUUCCAAACCAAAGGAGGACUGAGGCAUGAUGGGAAAUAACCAGAGGACAUUUCUCACCUCGACACCAGAGUUCAGCGGAACUCAGAGUGACCUGAACAUCUCCAUCAUGAACACGCUUUAGUACACACAGUUAAGUAUCUAGAGAGUAUUAAUAUCCAUCAGCACACACACAGAUUAAUUAACUUCUUUAGCACCUUCAGUGAAUUAAAAACAGACGUUGGUUUAAAACUGAACUUUGAUCUGAACGGACAAUUUAAAGGUGCAGCGUGUUGGAUUUGAUCUUUAAUGAAUCUAAUUAAUACAGUCUGCUUCGUAUGACGCCUGUGAACACCUGAGACGACUGCUGGGCUCCAUCACCUGAAGAAGAGAUCCACAUUUUAAAAUCACUUCUACAUCAGUUUUCACUCCGCCUGUUGCUGACAUCACUUCCUCACUGUGACCUCGUCACAUGUCCACGUUUGGUCAUGGACUUUCCACGUCCACAUAUGACGUCCAAGGUACCCUGGGUGUGUUGGUUGUUGACGUUCUGGGACGCCGUGUCAACUUCAGCCUGUUACAUGCAUUGUCUGUUUUCAAAAUACACUUCUGUUUUCACAGGAAAUGUACAGUUUGAUACAGUCUCUUUCAAAAUAAAAGCACUACGUCGGUACAACAAAAGCACAUGUGGUUGGGUUUAGGAAAAAAGAACAGGGUUUAGCUUUACAAUCAUACAGGAAGUAAACACCGCUCUCUCUGGUGAAAGUCAGUGUUUUUUGGACCUCCUCAAUAAAUUAGUUUUAGGAUUUAGUGACAUCUAGUGGUGAGGAUUACAGAUUACAGAUUACAACCAUCUGACACGAGAGGGCAAAAACGUUAACGUCUCUAUGUAGAUCCAAUGCAUCAAAACAUUGUUUUCUAGUUGGAGCCGCGUUUGCCUCGUUUUCAAACUGUAUGCUUUGACUAAAAUGAACAAUGACAGCAAUAUAGUCCACGAUGAGCAGCGCUAAAAUCAACCUGCGUAGUUGUCCCUCCAUUGUGACAUUAGAAAGUGUCACAUUUAUCUUGCAAGUGUACUCUUCUUCAACGUUUGCUUUACUUCCUGGAUUUUUCCCACAGGGAAAUUCUGACCAAUCAAGAGCAGCUUUCUCACACAAGGCAUUUGAUCUGGUCCUCUUGUAAAUGCUGCCGUGAGAACACCAACCAACUCUAGGCAAUUAUACAACUUUGGAACAACAUGAGUCGCUGAUUCAGACCAGAGGAGACCACUCUAGGGCUGACAGCAGCCUGAAGCUGUUAGCCCUCCUUAGCACUGAUGCUAAGCUAGCUGCAGCACUAAGCUAACGUCAUGUCAACAACCCAGGGUACCCCACCUCUGAUAAAAACUGGGACUCAUCCAACAGUGGAGCAUUUGUCUUCGCAGCCAGGCUGUCUUCAUUUAACCAAUGCUUUUGUCCAAUGCAGUGGAAUGUCCCCCGCAUGCAUCGAGACAACUUUAGGUUCAGCGUCUCGUCCAGCUGGUCCUCAGGUGUUUACAGUCGUCAUGUUAUUGAUUUUGUAUUAAUGUGAUUUAUUGAAGGUGAAAUGAGUGGCAGCACCUUUAAAUCAGCAGCUGUAGAGUCAGAAUGAAUUCACUCUCACCGCUGCCACAUCCCGCAUCACACACCACACCGCCACGUCUGCCUCGCCACCACACGCUUCCUGUAUCUGUGAAAAAAAAAAAAAAAAGACUGGAGAAAAAAAAAGAGUAGAAGAAGACUUGUGAGUUGAAGUGAGCGAGCAUUGGUCACUUUACGUUGAUGAUUUCCUUUAUUCCUUGUUUUCAUUUCUGAGGAAUGAUUCUGACGCCGUUUGAUGAUACUGAGGGGAUUUACGCUUUGUUCUGAUUGGUUGUGUGUAGUUAGAAACAGGAAGUGGGUUGCUGUGACUAACACCAUGAUGACACAAAGAUUGUUCCAUGAUUUUUUUCUUUUUGUACAUUUUAAAGUGUUUUUUUUUCUUUUUUAUUGAAUUAUUUUAACACGCAGGUCGACUUCGUGGAGGCGUGUCGCCGCCAACGUGUGGGAUAUUUUCACUGCUGCAUGCAUGAUGUCAUAAUGAUGAUGUCACAUUUGUAUUUAACCUUUAAUUAAAUAGAUUUAAGUAACGACACACGAAGUUUUACUCUGGGUUUGAACCGAUGUGUCUUUGGGCUUUGAGGUCAAGCCGAGGUCAGACUGAGGUCAAACUGAGGUCAGAGGUCAGACUGAGUUCAGACGGAGGUCAGAUUGACGUCAGAGGUCGUUGGCGGUGGCUUACCUGUGUGAAGCCGCCCUGCUGCUGUACAUACUGAACCACUGAAUGACGAUAUAAUUCUUGUUGUUGUUGUUUUCAUAUCUGGAUGCAGGUGAUGUAACAGAUGAAUGGUGACGUGAAUGAUUAACAUGAGUAACAAUAAAGAGCAUUUCUAUUUGCUUUGAGGA